AUGAGGGUUCAAUCUCUUUUCCGAGCGCAAUCGCUCGCCACGAGCAGUCUCCGCUGUUCUGCUCGGUCGGCUGCCAGAACGCCGUCACGAUGCGCUCUCUCGACGAUUGCGGCAACGCGCACACCUUAUACCAAUGGAACCAAGACCGACACAUGGAUAGGCAGUCAAACAACACAGCCACAGCGAAGAUGGCAGUCUGCGGCCGCCCAAGUGUUGGAGCAGGCCAAGGAAGACCCGUCUACCUUGACGCAAGAGAAAAUUGUCGAGAACCUAGACCCUGUCGAAUGGGAGCGACUAUCGAGAGUACGAAACAUUGGCAUCGCAGCACACAUCGACUCUGGAAAGACGACCGCCACCGAACGCGUCCUCUUCUACACCGGCCGAAUCAACGCUAUACACGAAGUCCGAGGCAAAGAUGCCGUGGGUGCGAAGAUGGACUCUAUGGAUCUCGAGCGUGAGAAGGGUAUCACUAUCCAAUCCGCUGCGACUUUCUGUGACUGGAUCAAGAAGAACGACGAAGGCAAGGAGGAGAAAUACCACAUCAAUUUGAUUGAUACACCCGGCCAUAUCGACUUUACCAUCGAGGUGGAGAGAGCGCUGCGCGUCCUCGAUGGAGCUGUCAUGAUUCUUUGUGCUGUUAGUGGUGUGCAGAGUCAGACCAUCACCGUCGACAGGCAGAUGAGGCGAUACAAUAUUCCUAGGAUUUCUUUCGUGAACAAGAUGGACCGUAUGGGCGCCAACCCAUGGAAGGCUGUCGACCAAAUUAACCAGAAGCUUCGCAUUCCUGCUGCGGCCCUCCAAGUACCCAUUGGACGUGAGGACGGCUUUUUGGGCGUCGUAGAUCUGGUCAGGAUGAAGGCGAUUUACAACGAAGGACCCAAGGGUGAAGUUAUUCGGGAGACGGACGAAAUCCCUGCGGAUAUCGUUGAGCUCUGCAAGGAGAAGAGACAAAAGCUCAUCGAGACACUUGCCGAUGUCGAUGACGAGAUCGCAGAGCUCUUCUUGGACGAGCAGGAACCAACGAUCCCCCAGAUCAAGGCUGCAAUUCGACGAGCUACCAUUUCUCUCAAGUUCACCCCAGUCAUGAUGGGUUCAGCACUUGCAGACAAGUCUGUUCAACCGAUGCUCGACGCCGUUUGCGAUUACCUACCGAACCCUUCCGAAGUCGAGAACAUGGCAUUGGACAAGAAGCGAGCGGAAGCUCCUGUCAAGCUGGUCUCUUACAACUCGUUGCCAUUUGUCGGUCUGGCUUUCAAGUUGGAAGAGAGCAGUUUUGGACAGUUGACGUACAUCCGUGUGUACCAGGGUACCUUGAGAAAGGGCAUGAACGUAUUCAAUGCGAGGUCAGACAAGAAGGUUAGGAUUCCAAAGAUUGUGCGCAUGCACUCCAACGAUAUGGAGGAGAUUCCCGAGAUUGGUGCUGGAGAAAUCUGCGCCGUAUUUGGUGUCGACUGCGCGUCUGGGGAUACCUUCACUGAUGGUGGCCUCGGAUACACUAUGACCUCCAUGUUCGUCCCCGAACCCGUCAUCUCGCUGUCAAUCAAGCCCAAGCACACCAAGGACACACCGAACUUCAGCAAGGCCAUGAGCCGAUUCACGCGCGAAGACCCUACUUUCCGAGUCCACACUGAUACCGAGUCGCAAGAGACCAUUAUUUCUGGUAUGGGAGAAUUGCACCUCGAUAUCUACGUGGAGCGCAUGCGCCGUGAAUACCGCGUCGAGUGCGAGACUGGACAACCACAAGUCGCCUACCGCGAGACAAUUACCAAGCGCGUCAACUUUGACCACACACUCAAGAAGCAGAGUGGUGGAUCAGGAGACUUCGCCCGUGUAGUAGGCUGGAUGGAGCCGAGCGAAGCCCUAGGCGAGAACAAGUUUGAGCAGCAAAUUUCUGGUGGCACGAUUUCCGAAAAGUUCCUCUUUGCCUGUGAAAAGGGUUUCAUGGCCUCAACAGCCAAGGGACCACUUCUCGGCCACAAGGUCCUGGGUACUUCCAUGGUCAUCAACGACGGAGCUACCCACGCUGUCGAUUCUUCGGAAAUGGCUUUCAAGAAUGCUACACAACAGGCUUUCCGCAAAGCCUUCCAAGCUGGUGCGCCACAGGUCCUUGAACCGCUUAUGAAGACCACCAUUACCGCGCCCAACGAGUUCCAGGGUUCCGUUGUUGGUCUGCUGAACAAGCGUAACGCUGUUAUCAACGAUACAGAGAUUGGUCCUGAGGACUUUACCGUCUACGCGGAUUGUAGUUUGAACAGCAUGUUUGGCUUCAGUAGUCAGUUGCGUGCUAGUACGCAGGGUAAGGGAGAGUUCAGCAUGGAGUUUAGCCAUUACAGUCCUGCGCCGCCGCAGUUGCAGAAGGAGCUCGUGGCUAAGUACGAAAAAGAACAAAAGGACAAGAAUGCUUGA